CUGAGGGAGUCCAUGCAGGUUGCCGAUUCUUUCUUUUUCCUCAUGAAGAAUAAGAUUCAGUGAUGCCCUCCGAUGACUAAGCAACAGGGACGUUCUUUCCCACCUUGACUCAGUCCCAAAAGAGCAGCAGCGGUCAGUAAAACGGUAGGCAGCCCUUUUUUUUUUUUCUUCUCUCCCACCAGAAACUCGACACCCUCGCAAUAAUGCAUACCUAAUCUGUUGACCACCAACCUCCCCACAGCUGUCGCCAGUGGAAUAAUAAGAAUGAUAAUAACCAACGAUAACAAUAGCAAUAAAUUGGCCUUGCAUGGCAGGGUCAAGGACAGAGCAACCGCAGAUACGCUGUGGCAAAUUUGGGGGAGCCAGUUGAUUGACCAGUCUGCAGUGUCGUCUAUCGGAGUCUAUGUAUACUCCGUAAUCGAAUGGUUCAUAUUAAUCAAAAUAAUUAAUGGAACAACGCUGUGGAGGUACGGAUACGGAAUACAUUGCAGGGGAAAGAUCUCCGGACUUGGUCGCUCCCUUGCAGCUGAGCGAAGACCUGAGAGAACUGUACCGACUCUUUGGCCUGCACAUUGCACAAUACGGAGUAUCUCGCACUGGUGGCGUCUCUGCGUUAUUCUCCUAGAAGUGCGGGCUCUGCAUGGCUGUCUGUCAACCCAACUCAACCCCAUUUCGGGGGAGGGAAACAAAUAUUGUUGCGGCUGGACAGGUUUCAAUGGGUCAGCACACAGCAAGAUGUCAGACAGACAACCUGCCCGAGGCCGGCCGGGACAAGAAGCGAAUACAGCCGUGGCCGUGUCAAUCAAUCAAUCUACAUACCCUGCUCCUCAAAGCCAAGAUCACACACACAUACUGCACCUGCACUGUCUGAUCUGGGUGUUCCCAUGCCUGCCUGUUCAAUUAAGGUACUAACCGUUGACUGACCAGCUGAUCGGGAACGAGAGAGCCUCGUAGACUUUCUUUCCUGGUCUUCGCUCCCACACAAGCAUCUACACACCAGACUCAUCCUC